AUGUCGUCCUCCAGUGAAACGUGCCCGUUCUGUGGGAAAAACUUCAAGAGACUGAACAGCCACCUUCCCAGAUGCAAGAUGGCUCCGGUCACCACAACCACACAAAGGUCGCAGACCCCCCCUGGCCCAGCUGACCUCAUCACAGACAAGAACAGCAAGAAGACAUCUUUAUCAUCGUCUUCUUCAUCACCAUCAACAACUUCUACUAAGAGUAAGAAGGCAUCAUCUUCAUCUCCAUCACCAGCGUUAUCACCAUUGGCAACUACCACCAAGAGUAAGAAAUCAUCAUCAUCAUUGACAACGACUAAAAACAAUAAGAAGACACCAUCACCUUCCUCCUCCUCAUCCUCAUCAACAACAACUUCAAAGAAACGGCAGAAGCUCCUUGAUGAGACUUAUAUUCUCUCCAAAGACAGUCUGGCAAAAGAUCCAGCCAAUAUCCACACAAAACCCAAAGCGAUAGCCAAACUCAAAGCAGUCCCUGCCACAGCCCCAGUCCCUGCCACAGCCCCAGUCCCUGCCACAGUCCCAGUGAGCACUAAAGCCAAAGCUGCCUCUAAGAAGAAGGUUUCACUGAGGGAGCAGAUUGAACUAUCUGCUCAGACAGCCAGAGCUGCUGCCACACUAUCCAAGGAGCCUUUACCAGGGGCACAGAGUGAAGCAAGACCCUUCUGA